GUCCCGGAACUCUCUGCAAAUGGUUUACCCCCAGGGUAUUACAGACAAGGAUACUGCAAUUGCUGCCAAGUACAUUAUAUCAACCUAGAAAAGCAUCUUGCCUGUGAGCAGCACAAGCAAAUGUCCACUUAUAACAAGAGCUUGUUCAACUCCAACAUUAUGAUGGAGCGUUUCCUACAGGACGUUCACCUUUAUCAUCCUCAGAAUUAUCAUGAUACCAGACCAACGUAUGAUGACAUUCCUGAGGUUACGUUACAUUCAAGCUUUCCACAAAAUGGUUCUCCUGCUCUGCCACAAGCUCAAGGAAAACAACCAGCUCCUUCUAAAAGAGGAAUGCUUGUUAUAAAUUCUGAAAAGAAUUCUGAGACGUGUAAUAUUAACUCACUCGCAUUCAUUUACAACUCCAAGAAGGUUGCUUUGAAGCCACCGCACAAUGAAAAUCUUGAAAAAGGACAAUCAUCAACAGAAGGAAAGCCUCAGCAACGAUACAUUAAUUGUAACAAUUCAGUAGAUACAUUACCUCAGAGUUCUCCAUGUGUAACUCUUAAUUAUUCUAGUCAGCUAAAUGUAAAAACAUUUUCUUGCUCUGAAACCCUACAACCGGUGUUAAGUCUAAGGUCGAAGAAAAACAAAAUGUCAGAAAAAAAUGAAGGCUCUGGUGCUACAGUGACCACAAGGCCCCUGAAAGGUUUACAGAAGAGACCUUUUACUUCCCCAGGUAGCUGUUAUAACCUGACAUCAGGUGUAGGACAUGGCAUACAAAGUGAUAUGAAAUCUCAGGGAAAGGUGGAUGAUGCUCUCAGGAAUCAUGUUGUGGACAACCACUUGAAAAAUGGCAAACUCCAUAAAGAUACUGAAGCCAACCAGCUUCGAGACAAAGGUGUAUGUUUGUGUGGUGGUUAUAAAUGUAUAGUUGAAACCAUCGAAGAGGUAGUUUGGAAACACUGCUAUGGAAAUUCAUAUAAAAAAUCCACGGGUAACGAUGAAAGCAGUGUUUCAUCAUUAAACAUCCACACGAUUAUUGGCAAAUCUGAAGAUUCCAGCCUAAGCUUUGACUGGGAUGUACCAGUGAACUCUGAAGAUAAUCCAUCCAAGUCAGUCUUGAAAAACUUGGAUGUGCUCACAGAAACUAAUGUUAACCUUGAUGAAGACUAUAAGUCAAAGCUAAAAUGUGUUCUUGACGUUUGUCCAGACAAAGAGACAGAUGACGUAAAAGUUGAAAGUGAAGACAAAAUUAUUCCAGCACUGCCUCAUGUGCCUCCAUCUUUUGUUGGCAAAACAUGGUCCCAAAUCAAUUAUGAGGAUGAUUUAAAAAUUGAAGCUCUUGUUAGGCAGUUCAGAAAGGGAAAAUUUCAUUGCUACUUUGAAAGUGGAGCUUUAGCGGAUGUUGACAGGAAGAAAAAAAGAAGACUUAAAAGUGAAGAAAUUGAAAGAAAGAUUGGACUUCAAAGUAACGACUACAAAGAGCCAGAUAAUGAUCGUAUGUUACCAGUGUUUAGUGAUAUGCCUUGCCCAGACAAUGAUUCUGAAAUUCUCUCUGUUAAAUCUGAGAAAAUAUUAAGGAGAGAAUUUAAACCUGGCCGAAGGACUUGGAGACUUGCUUCAAGAUGCCAAAUAGUGAAGGUCAGUCAUGGUACUCAAACAAGCUUGGUCAAUUACCCAGUAGUUAAGAAAAAAGUAAUUAAAACUGAACCUGGGCUGGAUUCAGGACAAUGUUUUAUAAAUGGUUUUAAGGAGGAGCGGACUCCAGACAUGAAAACUAGAAUGUGUGCUUUGAAGCUGCCGGAAUCCUACACUAAAAUUUUAAGCCCUUUACAGCCGAAGACAAUGGUCUAUGUUCUUUCCCAUCCAGAUGCAAAGCUUGGCAAUGGUAAACCAGCUUGCAUUUCAAGACGAGGUCGAAACCAGUUCUCCACCGACAGUAGGGACUCUGUGAAUUAUACAUAUAAGCAAUCUCCGCUAAAGUAUUAUGAUGCAUUAACUAAUAGAAUCAUUAAAACCCCUCCUAGAAGUUCAGUAAGGGGCCUGGGUAUAAAAAGCCCCUGUGUUCGGAAGCUGUUUAGGAGCCUAAGUAGUGAUGUCAAUGUUGAUAAAUUACAGUUUGAACUGAAAGGAUCUGCUUCCUCUAAAAAGUCCUCAAGUAGUUGUUCUUUUGGUUCUGAAUGCUUAAAUUCGACCAAAGGAAAAGAUUUAAAUUUUAGUCAUCAAGCAAAUGGAUCCUCUAUUACAACAGAAUGUCUAGAUCAUCUGGACAAGCCAAAUGCAAACUUUUCUGUAUCCUCCUACAACCCCAGUCAUUCUAAAAGCCAGGAUGAUACACAUUUCACACAGUCAACCAGUAGAUCUAGAAAAAAGGACACAGGAGAAGAGCCUAAUGGUCUAUGCAAGAGAAAAAAUACAAAGCCACCACCGAAAAAUAUGAAUCCAGUGAAAGAACCAAAAUGCUGUAAAAGGUCCAGACGUAAUCUACGCAAAAAGAAGGGAACUGCAGGACAAAUAGCACAAGGCAAGGUAUCUAAUACAAGGACACAAUCGUUAAAAAACCCUUCCAUGAAAUUUCUGAAAUCAGCUGUUCCUUUUGUUCAAGCGCAUCAACAAAGGCUAAGAAAAAGGAAGACAUGUCAGAGGAAUGAAGUGUCUGGCCAACAGCAUGUUAAUACCCAUGAACAAUCACAAUAUAUUUCACUCAAGCCUUCCAAGAAAAAGUCAAGCAUUUGUAAGCCACUACUGAGAAAUUCUGCUCAAAGUAGGUCAUUUGACCAACCAUACAAGAACACAAGGGGCAGAAAUAUCAUUAGAACUCGAAGUAAAGCCGCAAAAUCAUUUUCACCUGAAUCUCUGCCUCAUAAAAUGGGCAAGGCAGGACUAAAAGUACAGUCUACUCUUACAACAGCUGACAAUAAUAUAACAUCAAGAAAGAGAGUCAGAUGAGGCUGCUAUUAAGUUCCACUGUGCUAUAACUUUUUUAAAGAAAAAUAAUAAACUAUAUAAACUAUAUUUAAAA